AUGUAAAUUUUAUCUGUAUGCGUUUCAGAGAUGACAACAUAAACAAACACAUAAAACCACUUAAAUUUCUCUUAACUGAAAUCCAUCCAAAUUUCAGUGACAAACCUUUAAACAAACGAUUAAAUGGUUAGUAGUAAGUAUAUGAUGAAGCUGAGAAAUUCAAAAUUAGAUGAUCUCUAUGAGACCAUUGCUCUCUACUCCUUUUGA